UAAAAUCUUGAAUGAAAAAAGUGUUAACGCUGGUAUUAUCAAUUUUAAUAUAAAUAGGAUGGAGCAAACUUAUAAUUAAAUGAUUUGAAGGAGAUCUUAAAGGGAGAUUUAGAUAUUGUAGUUGAAAUAUAGGAUCAUGUUAAAAACGUAUUGGUUUGAGUGAUAAAUUAGCAUAUACUAUAAUCUAGAAAUACAGUAGAUAUGAUAGUGUAAAAGAAAAUACCAAUAUAUGGGAUAAGUACAGGAUUUGGUAAAUUUAAAGAAGUAUUUAAAAUAUAUAUAACGAGAUUUAUAUUCCUCACUAAGAGAUNUUUAAUACUAAAGUUAAGAUGAUAAAUAUGCUUAAGUGA